AUGAGAAUCUAUUAUCUCCUCUUCGUGCUGUCCUUCCUGUUCUUGAUGCCAGUUCCAGGAAACGGAGGAAUUAUCAGCCUACUGCAGAGGCAGUUUUGCAGCUUAAGAAGCGGCCGGUGCGCUCUGCUGAGCUGCCUCCCAAGGGAAGAACAGAUCGGCCACUGCUCUCUCACGGGCCGCAAGUGCUGCCGAAGAAGAAAGAAAUAAAAGCAUACAGACACCUGCGGGGAGCAGUGUAGAGUGUUGUAAGAGGCCUCCUGGAAGUUUGUAGAAGCAAAAUCAAAUUAAAUAUUUUUCUCAAAAGAA